UCAGUGACUCAGUAGAACUGUAGAAGGUCUCCGCUCGGAGGGUUUAUGGUGUAGUCCGCAUAAAGGGUUUUUAACAAUUGCUUUCUUUCAAGUGAAUUCCAACUCUCCACUUAGUUUCAACAGACCUCAGUACUGUACAACAUUGUAGCAAAAAAAAAAAAAAAAUGGAGGAGCGAUUGAAGUGGGUUGUGUUAGUAGGCGCUGGUGCUUUUAUAGGCUCUCUCUCUACUCUCACUCUUCUCAAGCUUCUUAACAGAAGUGUACAAGCUAAAGGCUGCACUCCACAGACGGAAAGAUUUGAUGACAAACAAUUAAUCCUAGAAACAGACCUGCAUAGGCUGGACAGUCAAGGAGCCCCAGAUCUUUCACAAGAUGAGAUAGUCUCUGAGCAACUAACUAGGAACAUUCAGUUCUUUGGUCUAGAUAGCCAGCAGAAAGUGACUGGAUCUUUCGUAGUGGUGAUUGGUCUUGGAGGCGUUGGGAGUCAUGCUGCAGCUUUGCUUUUGAGAUCUGGAGUCGGGAGGCUACUGCUCGUGGAUUUUGACCAGGUUUCACUUUCAUCACUCAACAGACAUGCCGUUGCAACACGGGAAGAUGUUGGUAUGUCGAAAGCUCUAUGCCUUAAGAAGCACUUCUUGAGAAUUUUUCCUGAGUGUCAGGUUGAUGCACAAGUGCUAUUGUACGACUCAUCGACAGAAGAAAAGAUUCUGUCGGGCAACCCAGAUUUCGUUUUGGAUUGCAUUGACAAUAUUGAUACAAAGGUAGCAUUGCUUGCUGCAUGUGUGCGUAGGGGAUUGAAAGUUCUAUCUGCAACAGGAGCAGGAGCUAGAGCUGAUCCAACUCGAAUCCGUGUGGCUGAUUUGAGAGAAUCAAUAAAUGACCCCCUUUCCCGAGCAGUCCGGCACCGGUUGAAGAGAGACCAUGGCAUAGAAGGUGGAAUCCCUGUGGUUUUCUCCUUGGAGAAACCCAAAGUGAAGCUGCUUCCAUUUAAGGGUCUGAGUGGACAAGAGGAAAAUCCUUCUGAUUACCAAGUUGUACCAGGGUUUAGGGUCCGUAUUAUACCUGUUCUAGGAUCUGUGCCUGCAAUUUUUGGGCAGAUUAUGGCUUCAUAUGUUGUUACCAAGCUAGCGGGACUGCAAGUUGAAACUGAGCCGAUAGUUAAUUUUGAUAUGGAUCACUAUCAAGUUCUCCAUCAACGACUGAUUGAGCAUGAAGAACUAGUUUAUGGCACUGCUAGCGAAGUACAGGUAGAUGUUGAAGAAGUGAGAUAUGUUGUAAAAGAGUUGUGGCGUGGACGAAGUGCUAAAGAUGAUUCGGUUAGAGAUGUGGGACGUGCAAUGUGGCGGUCGGUUAAUGAGUUAAUGCUCGUAAGGUGGAAUCACACAAAGCCUGCAUCUGUUUCUAACUUGAUUCUUUUGAAGUUUGACGAGGUGGAUGAACAUGAAUCAAUGACACUCGAUGAUAUUAAAGAAAAGGAACCAGAGUUUUUCCAACGAGUGUCUAAUGUUCUUAAGCGAGCUAUUUUAGACUUCAGCUUGUAACUCGAGUUGUCUUCCCGAGUUCCCUCACUCUUUGUUUCGCAAUGCGAAGAAUAUGUGCGAAAUAGAGGCAGCUCGACAAAUUCUUGGGCGGCUACUUAUGCAAAGAAAAACAAAAUAUUCGGGAAAUUCAUCUGUCGGCUAUUUGCAGGCUCAUAUCUAGUCCUAAAGUUUUUUACAGAAAUGGCCAAAGUUAUGAAAGUCUAGAGGUAGUCAAGGCUAAAGGGCUGUGCACCCCUCAAUUGAAAGGUGUAUGAGACCACUAUCUAUGCAGAAACUGUCCCGUCAGCGUGAUGGCUUUUUUCAUUAUAAGGUGCUUGCUAGCCGGAAUUUUAGAGAGAGAACGACCGGGAGCUGUAUACAACAUUGAGAUAUUAUUUUGGCUGUUUCCAAGUUUAUUUCUCUUCUCUUGUAAGAAGUUUUCAGAUAAUUUGAUGUUUAUCAUGAUAUUCUUUUUUUGGUUAAGUUCUCGUUAGAACUCAGAAAGCUAAGGUAGAUCAUCCUGUGAGAACUUCUCAUGAAAGCACUCUCAUGCUUCCGCUCCGGGUACAUUCCAUCAUUUUCUUGGGUCCUUUUGCUUUAUUUUUCGCUUAACAGGGUCAUGCACCUCUUCGGAAAAAACUAGUGUCGAACAAUCGAUACCUUUGGCUAUUGUAUGAUUUACGUUUCUGUACUCUAUAAAAAGCCUAAGUGGUAUUUGGUUCA